AAUCAGAGCGGGUGACGCGCAGCAGAGGACUUACAUAAAAACCUCCGGCGGCUUUUCUUUCUCUUUUUAACGUAGAAAAGUUUCUGCAUUUGUUGGAAUUACUGCGGAAACGUAAAAACUCUGGGAAUAUGAAAGCUUGGGAAACUUGGUUAGCGUCUUAAGGGCGUCUGGAUGAAACGACACACUCUUUCUCUUUUUCUGUUUUCUCUUUUUUUUAAUCUCAGAGGCGCAUGAGAGGCGAACCAAAGCGAGGACUGCGGGGAUUUUACUCCUUUAUUUUUAGUUUUCUCUGGAUUUCUUGUGUGUGUGUGUGUGUCGGGGAGACGUCCACACACGGCUGGAGCUGCUCACACUUUACGUAAAGCUGGGCUAAAAUAAAGAAACCAGGUCGCUUUUCGAGACUUUAUCCGCUCUGAAGUCACCAUGCUCGGCAGCACGGCGCUUUACGCAGCGAAGAAACGGAAGAAGCCGGUCCAGAAAAUCCCCAAGCCGCCGCCUCCCGAUGGCGCCAAGUCGAACCCGUCCAAGCGUCACCGCGACCGGCUGAACGGCGAGCUGGACAAGCUGACCAGCCUGCUGCCGUUCUCGGAGGAGGUGCGAGCCCGGCUGGACAAGCUGUCCGUCCUGCGGCUCAGCGUCGGAUACCUGAAGGUCAAGAGCUUCUUCAACGCCACCAUGAAGAAAGGCCCCAACGGCUGCAGCCUCCCAUUCGCCGGCCCCGCCCAGGCCCCGCCCCCUCCGUCCAGCGGCCCCGCCCCCUCCUCCUCCUCCUGGCUGGUGACCUCCAUGGACGGAGUCAGCUUCUCCGAGGGAGACCUCCUGCUGCAGGCUCUGAACGGCUUCGUGUUGGUGGUGACGGCUGAGGGCUACAUCUUCUUCACGUCGCCCACCAUCCAGGACUACCUGGGCUUCCACCAGUCGGACGUGGUCCAUCAGAGUGUGUUUGAGCUGAUCCACACAGAUGACCGGUCUCUGUUCAGACGGCAGCUGCACUUCGCCCUGAAGCCGGGCCCCGGCGAGCAGAGCGCCGGUGACGGCGGCGGCGUGGUGACCUACGACCCCCAGCUCAUGCCUCCAGAGAACUCCUCCUUCCUGGAGAGAAGCUUCUGCUGCCGCUUCCGCUGCCUGCUGGACAACUCGUCCGGCUUCCUGGCGCUGAACUUCCACGGCCGUCUGAAGUUCCUGCACGGUCAGGGCUGCAUGUCGCAGGACGGCACGCUGCUCCCCCCGCAGCUCGCCCUGUUCUGCAUCGCCACGCCGGUGCAGCCGCCCUCCAUCCUGGAGAUCCGCACCAAGACGCUCAUCUUCCAGACCAAACACCGGCUGGACUUCGCCCCGCUGGGCAUCGACACCAGAGGGAAGGUGGUGCUGGGCUACAGUGAGACGGAGCUCUGCAUGAAGGGCUCGGGCUACCAGUUCAUCCACGCUGCAGACAUGAUGUACUGCGCCGACAACCACCUGCGAAUGAUUAAAACAGGAGACAGUGGUUUCAACGUCUUCCGGCUGCUGACCAAAGCGGGGACGUGGAUCUGGGUGCAGGCCAGCGCCCGGCUGGUCUUCAAAGCGGGGAAACCAGACUUCAUCGUGGCCAGACAGAGAGCUUUGACGAAUGAAGAGGGUGAAGAACAGCUUCGGCUCAGGCGGCUCCAGCUGCCGUUCAACUUUGCGACAGGAGAGGCGGUGCUGUACGAUGUCAGCAUGUCCCUGGACGUCCCCAGCUCGUGCUCCGCCCCCAAACAGAAGAAGCUGGACGAUCUCUCCAUCGACCCCAACUCCCUGCUGGGCUGCAUGCUGAGCCAGGACCAGGGCAUCUACUGCCAACACAACAACGACAACACCCUGAACUCCCUCAACGACGCCGCCUUCGAGGACACCCACGCCCUGGUUAACGUUCCCGGGGACGCCAGGCAGCACCCUUCGCCCAAGCCUGUGACGAGCCUGGUCAAGGCCGAGGGCACGGUGCAGGACAUGAUGGAGACCCUGCAGCAGAUCCUUGGGGAGAAUGAUCUCACCACCAGCCUGGAUGUGGACCCCGAGGAGCUGAAGGACUGGGAAAACACACUGCUGAAAAUGAGCAGCACCCCGUGCGAAGUGAGCGAAGACCUGGACGAGCUUCUCAGCAAUGACAUCUUGUCGUACGUAGAGGAGCAGCUCAUAAAGGAGGGCGGGCUGAAGCUGCCAGAUCAGCUGGACGAUGUACCAGUCUGCCUCCCAAGUUUGGACCUCCAGACCCAGGAUCCUGUCCAAGGUGGAGAGCAGAGCUUCGGUUGGCUUGAGGAACCCCAGAACCAGCUGAUACCCAAUGGAGGGCAGAUGGUGGCUGAGAAACAGACUCCCAUCUCGGGGAGGAUGAAGCUCACCCACGUGGGCCCUCCUCAGCUGAGCUCUGCAGGGUUAAAUGGUCCAACACUUCAGCAGAUUGCCGCGCAAAACCCCUUCACCCCCUCCACCGGUCUUCAUUCUGAACUCAGCAGUGCAGGUAACCUGGGCACUCCGGGGACCUUUGACCCCUUGCUGGCGGACUCUUGCGCCCAGACACAGAACCAAUUGAGAAACUUGCAUGUCACCACCAACAACAACAGCCUUGGACUGUGUUCUCUCAGGCAAACCUCAGCCAAUCAGCUUCACUCCAACCAAAUAGUUCAGCCAAUCCAGAACCACCUACAGAUGAGAAUGUCUGAUCUACCGAUUGGCCUCCAUAACCAAAGCUCAGAGACGCUGUUAAAUCCCAUGUUCCCCUGCCAGAGCAGCCAGUGGAUCUCCUCCGUCCCCAACUCAAACCAAACCGACAACUUUGUAGAAACAUACACCCCAAAUAUUUCAAUUCAGUCGGAUUUUAAUCCAGAUCCUUCCUCCUCUAGCUGCUUACAGGGUCACUUUGCACUUCAGACACAAAACGGUGAGAACCAGAGACAGUCUUGGCCGCUUGAGCAGCAACAGCAGCAGCUGCCAACUUUGAUUUCAAAUGGACACCACCACACGGGCGGCUUCCACAACCCGGCGUCAGGAUUUCAGAGGAGUCCUCUCCAAACGGGCAUCGCGCCCCAGACCUCUGUGAACUGCAGGCCGACAUUCAGGCCUCCAAACACCGCAGGCAUGCGGUUUCCUGCCCAGCAGGAAAUGGAGCCCCCGGCUCUGGUGCCUUCCAGCAGCUGUAUGUUCGGAGGUGCCACCCCCUCGGUGCCCGUCAACGGAGUGCAUCUCAACCAGAGACUGAGCACCACCAGCAACCAGACUCCCUCCAAGACCUCCUGCUACUACCAGAGUCUUCCUGGUAGUGGAUCGGUGGCAGGGAUGGGUGUUAUCUCACAGGUGACUCCUGACGUUGGGCUGUCCUGCCAAGGCCUCGACCCGGACGGCCUCCUGGUGCAGCAGCAGCAGCAGCCGUACCUCAACUUCAGUGAGCAAACCCAGAUCAAGAGCCGUCCAAUCAUAGGGAACGGAGGGUUCCCCUUCCCCUCGCUGCCCAACGGGAACACGUAUUACUCAGAGAACAAAUAGGAACCGGUUUAGGAACCAAAAGACUGCUGUCUCUAAACACACAAGGAACAUGGACUGAAACUGAGGAGACGAAUCAGGAUGCCUCCUUCUCUUUCUCCAG